AUCACGCAGCCGGUAGGCAAUACACACAGAAAAUACAGGGGAAAAAAAAACGUACGUUUUCUCUUUAUUGUGUUCUUGAAUCUAGUAUGCUCUGAAAUUCUCCAUUGAAGUGGCUUUUCAGCUUUCUCUCCUCCAUUGAAGCAGCUUCUAAGAAGGUGGUGCAAUCAUGUCUUCAUACACCCCAAAGAAUAUUCUUAUUACUGGUGCUGCUGGAUUCAUUGCGUGUCAUGUGGCAAACCGACUCAUUAGGAGUUACCCUGAUUACAAGAUUGUCGUUCUUGACAAGCUUGAUUACUGCUCAAACCUUAAAAAUUUACGUCCUUCUCAAUCAUCCCCUAAUUUUAAGUUUGUCAAAGGGGACAUUGCUAGUGCCGACCUUGUAAACUACCUUCUCAUCACCGAGUCCAUUGAUACUAUUAUGCACUUUGCUGCACAAACCCAUGUUGACAAUUCUUUUGGUAAUAGCUUUGAGUUCACCAAGAACAACAUUUAUGGGACCCAUGUCCUCCUAGAAGCCUGUAAGGUCACCGGGCAAAUUAGGAGAUUCAUCCAUGUUAGUACUGAUGAGGUUUACGGGGAGACAGAUGAGGAUGCUGUUGUGGGUAAUCAUGAAGCUUCUCAGCUUCUUCCAACAAAUCCAUACUCUGCUACAAAAGCUGGUGCUGAGAUGCUUGUCAUGGCUUAUGGCAGAUCAUAUGGUUUGCCAGUUAUUACUACCCGUGGAAACAAUGUGUAUGGCCCUAACCAGUUUCCUGAGAAAUUGAUCCCAAAGUUCAUUCUUUUGGCCAUGAGAGGGAAGCCUCUUCCAAUUCACGGAGAUGGAUCUAAUGUGAGAAGCUAUCUCUACUGUGAGGAUGUUGCAGAGGCCUUUGAGGUCAUUCUCCACAGGGGAGAGGUUGGCCACGUGUACAACAUUGGAACCAAAAAGGAGAGGAGAGUCAUUGAUGUGGCCACAGAUGUAUGCAAACUGUUCUCGAUGGAUCCAGAUGCAAGCAUCAAGUUUGUUGAGAACAGGCCGUUUAAUGACCAGAGGUACUUCCUUGAUGAUGAGAAAUUGAAGAUCUUAGGGUGGUCAGAGCGCACCACUUGGGAGGAGGGUUUGAGGAAGACAAUGGAGUGGUAUACCAGUAACCCCGAUUGGUGGGGUGAUGUCUCAGGAGCAUUGCUUCCUCACCCAAGGAUGCUGAUGAUGCCUGGUGGGAUCGAGAGGCAUUUUGAAGAAGCAGACAAUGAGAAUGCUGCUUCUUCUGAAUUUUCCAACACCCAGUCUAAAAUGGUGGUACCCCCUACCAAAAGUGUCAGUUCUCCUCGUAAGCCAUCUUUCAAGUUCCUGAUCUAUGGUAGAACUGGGUGGAUUGGUGGUCUUCUUGGCCAGUUGUGUGAGAAGCAAGGUAUUACAUUUGAGUAUGGAAAGGGCCGUUUGGAGAACCGAGCAUCACUUAUUGCUGAUAUCCAGAAUGUCAAGCCUACUCAUGUCUUUAAUGCUGCUGGUGUGACUGGUAGGCCGAACGUUGACUGGUGUGAAUCUCACAAAGCAGAGACAAUUCGCGCCAAUGUUGCUGGUACUUUGACUUUGGCUGAUGUCUGCAGAGAGCAUGGGCUUUUGAUGAUGAAUUUUGCUACUGGUUGCAUCUUUGAGUAUGAUGCUGCACAUCCUUUGGGUUCUGGGAUUGGCUUCAAGGAAGAGGAUACACCAAACUUCACUGGUUCUUUCUACUCAAAGACCAAGGCUAUGGUGGAGGAGCUUUUGAAAGAGUUUGAUAAUGUGUGCACCCUUAGGGUCCGAAUGCCCAUUUCUUCUGACCUCAACAACCCACGAAACUUCAUCACAAAGAUCUCUCGCUACAGUAAGGUGGUUGACAUUCCCAACAGCAUGACUGUUUUGGACGAGCUUCUACCCAUUUCCAUUGAGAUGGCAAAGAGGAAUCUCAAGGGCAUCUACAACUUCACAAACCCAGGGGUGGUUAGCCACAAUGAGAUUCUCGAGAUGUACAAGAAUUACAUGGACCCAGAAUUCAAGUGGGCGAAUUUCACACUUGAAGAGCAAGCCAAGGUUAUUGUUGCUCCAAGAAGCAAUAAUGAGAUGGACGCCUCCAAAUUGAAAAAGGAAUUCCCUGAAUUGCUGCAUAUUAAGGACUCACUAAUCAAGUAUGUUUUCGAGCCAAACAAGAAGACAAACUAUUCUGCUUGAGCGAACUUUUCUGCAGAAUUAAGAGAUGCUGUAGUAAGCAGGAUUGCAAUUUUUUUCCAGUAGGCAUUGCGGUUGCAUAGCGUUACUCCAUUGGGUCUUGGGCAAAACAUUCAUUUAUUUUAGCUUCAUAUUGUGCUGUUUUUAUAUACCUAGAUUGCCUGUUCUUAGAGUUAUUAGGUUAUUACAUUUCCAUCUUUUACCUUUUUUAUGUCUUCUGUUUAAACGUGAUUACACUUCCUCUUCCCAUUCCAGGGAAUUUGAAAAGAGAUAGUAGCUUGUUACAUAUAACAGUUCUGUUAUUUGCUCACCCAUUUGUAAUUUUCAUAUUAUUUAUUUAUUGUCAAAUUGUUUUUAAA